CUUAUGUGUUCAGUGUGUGCGUGGGUGUGCGGUCGAUUCUCAUUUUGAUUCUGAUUUUUGUUUUGCUCUCAUUUGUCUUUUGUUUUUGUUGUUACUACUGUGUCGUGUGUUCAAUCGGCACAAUUUUUUUUUUGUACUUUUCCGUCAAAGUCCUCCCACAAUUUGGAAGAGUAAAUUCAGUGUCAUAAAGGUCAUAAAGUAAAGUUAUUAAUAUUCACAGAAGAUGGCUAUUGAUCCUAACAUUGUUGAAGUAAAUGAAAUCACCGACUAUUGGUCAUUUCUCAUGAGCAUUGAUUGGUGGGAUCCCUGGCUAAUAGGACUUAUCAUGAUGCAUAUAUUGACAACAACGACAACAUUGAUGACACGAAACAACACUAAUUUCCAAAUAUUUCUAUUUCUGAUUUUGCUAUCUGCUGUUUAUUUCUCCGAGUCAAUAAAUGAAUAUGCGGCAAUGAAUUGGCGUUCGUUCUCCAAACAACAAUAUUUCGAUAGCAACGGACUAUUUAUAUCUACAGUUUUCUCAAUACCCAUACUGUUGAACUGUAUGAUUUUGAUUGGAGCCUGGUUGUAUAAUUCAACACAGAUGAUGGCUAAACUUAAAGUGGCCCAAUUAAAGGACAAACUGAGGCGAGAACGAUUACAGCAACAGGCAUCGGAGGAGCAUUUAAAAAACCAAUAAUUACCCCUGAUUGAUGGCAAUACAUUAUUGCUUAGGACUUUUGUAUAUUUAUGUUUUGCAAUCGCUAUAUAUGCAGUUUUGUUUAACUUUUUGUUUUUGUGGUUUUGCAUCACCUUAUGAAUAAGUCACGUUAAAAAUUUA